GAUGUUUACAGCUGGUGGGAGGCGAUUUGUGUGGAAUUUAUUUAUUAUAGUUUUAAUAUUUUGUAUUUUGAUCAUUAUUAACACUCCUCAACGGAUGACUCCAUUGCCUAAACAAGUUGAAGGAUGGGAAUCAAAUAUUACCCGUGAAACCAAGAUCUAUGUUAUACCUGAGAAUGACACGAAUAUUAUCAGUAGCAAAACCGUAUGUAAGGGAUCAUUUAACUUGAUAAUAAUUGUUUUUUCUGCUCCUGAAAACUUUGCUCAGAGAUAUGCUAUACGGGAAACCUGGGGAUCAUAUAAUAUAACAACCGUUAGAGUGGCAUUUCUGCUUGGUUGUUCGAAAAACAGUAGCUCUCAGCUUUUAGUUGAAGAGGAGAAUGCCGAAUUUCAAGAUGUAAUUCAAGAAGAUUUUAUAGACUCUUAUAAUAACUUGACUGUGAAAAGUGUUAUGAUGCUCAAAUGGUUUCUUAGUAAGUGUCCGUCCCCGACGUUUUUGAUGAAGACAGAUGAUGAUAUGUUUAUAAAUAUAGAGUACUUAUCCGCCCUGAUUUCAAAAAUUAAUAGCCGUUCUGUUUUAAUUGGCUCACUUAUUUGUAAAGCGAAACCUAUACUGGAUGCAGCUAACAAAUGGUAUAUACCAAAAUAUAUGUAUCAGAAACCAUUUUAUCCUAACUAUUUGUCUGGAACAGCAUAUGUAAUGUCACGAGAUGUUGCCUCAAAACUUUAUACAGCUGCUUUAUCAACUGCACUUAUUCACUUAGAAGAUGUUUACAUUACUGGUAUAUGUGCAGCAAAGGCAGGGAUCAGACCUCGAAAUCAUGCUGGUUUUUCUUAUGAGCAUUUUGGAAUAGGGUGUGAGGCCGAAAUGGUUACGAAUCAUCGUUUGAAACCACAAGAGCUACGUCAAGUAUGGAAUCAAAGGAACAACUGUACUACUAAAAUCAAACCCCCGACUAUAAAACCCAAGUCUAUAAAUCAAUGUCAUUGA